AUGCUCACCGAAUCGUUCAUCGCUUCCACCCUCCCCUCAGCUGGGAAGCCGCCGCCGUCUGCGGCUCUCCGAGAUGUCGGCAUUUGCAUCCAUGAGUUUCAACCCGCUCCAAACCUCCGAUCCACCUUCAAGAAGAGCUCAACGGCCCCCAAUUGCCUCGCCGUGAGUCCGUCGCAUGUGUUCGCCGCGCAGUCCGAGAAGGCCAUUGUCCAUGUCUACAGUCGUGAGAAGGGAAAUCAGGAGGCUACCGUGCCCUUCCCCGAGCGCAUUCGCAGCAUCGCCAUCGCGGGGAGCAAGAAUGGCGAUAUCUUGGUGUUGGGUACCGAAGACAGUACGGGAGGAGGACGGUUAAUUCUCUGGGAGACCUGCACCGGCCGUCAAGUUGCCUCUACGGCGUCGCAUCUCAAACCCGUCACCUCGCUAGUCGUCGAUCCUACUUCCAAUUAUAUCCUGUCAGGAUCGUCCGACGGCAGUAUUCUCGUCUGGUCUCUCGUUGAUCUUCUCUCCUUCACGAAACCUCCCUCCGGCCGGGAUCGACAGCCCUCCAACGGUCCCCUCCGCACAUUCUCCCACCACCGCGCCGCCAUCACCGCCCUCGCUGUCGGUCACAGCACCGGCCGCUACAACAUCGCCGUCUCGACGGCGCAAGACUCCACCGCCAUCGCCUGGGACUACCGCACCGGCCGCGUCCUCCGCACAUUCCUCCUCCCCGCCAGCGCCAUCAGCGUCGCCCUCGAUCCCGUCGACCGCGCAUUCUACGUCGGCUACGACGACGGCAGCGUCCAGUCCAUCGACUUCUACAAAUCCUCCCAACAACCCACCCAACACCCCCUCCACGACGCCUCUCUUCAAACCACCCCCGCCCAACUCCCCGCCGAGUCCCAAUGGACGCCCCCCUCGCCAGAGUGCGGCGCCGCCCACGCCCUCACUCUCUCCCACGACGGCAUGACGCUCCUCUCGGCGCACCACAACGGCAAGGUUCUGGCCUGGAACGUCGGCCGGCGCAAGUACGCCUCCACUGUGGCCGACUACACCCACCCUGUAACGAACCUCGCCAUGCUUCCACUCGACGGCCUGCCCCGCGGUCCGGCCGGCCGCGCGCCCCAGCGCAUCGCACAUACUAUCGUCAAGCCGCGCUACGACAGCUCCCUCUCGGAGCGCAACAGCGCUGCCGACAGGGUCCCGGCAGACUACACCUUCAGCACGCAUCUUCUCGCGUCGUCGCUCCCCGCGCAGACGGCCCCGCCCCGCCCCGACCCCUUCGCCGCAGCCUUCACCCACCCAUUCUUCCCAGAGUCAAUGCUAGAAGAAGGCCUCGCCGAGCUGUCCGCGUUCUCUACCACCGGCGGGGCCGCCGCGCAACCGACCGGAACAAUCAGCGAUGAAGACGCCGCAGCAAAGGACGCCCAGAUCGCCGCGCUGGAGACCGAGCUCGCCACACUGCGGAAGAAGGUCUCCGCCAGCGAUGCCGCGCGCCACACCACCACCGACGAAGUGACGCGCCUGCGCACCGACCUGGUGCAUCUGCACGACUACAUCAACGAGCUGCACCAAAAGCAGGAGCAGACGCAGCGCGAUCGAGUUGCUCGCCAGGCGCGGCGGGAGGCGCGCGAGACGCGCCGGCGCGAAGCGUGGUUCGCAGCGGAAAAGAAGGGCAAGAAAGGUGAUGCCGUGUUACGGCAGAUGGAUGCGGAGGAGAGCGCACUGACGAGCGAUUCGGAUGAUCUGAGUAGUGGGGAGUGA